UGGCAGGGCAGCUCCGCGCUGCGCGUCAGGCGUGGCGCCCGGGGCGGCGGCGAGGCGUUAAAUCACGCUCUGCUCCGGCUGCAGCCGACGUCGCUCUGCGGCUCCCCGCUGCGGGCAGGGGAAGGCACGGGCGCUCUCUCGGAGGCAGUGACACACGCGCGCUCCGCCGGGCUCCAGCAGUUUGGUGGGCGGGGUAGCUCCGCCGGAGGGGCGCGUUUGAUCCCCGGCUCCGGCCCUCGCUCAGGACCCUGUGCUGCCGGCGGCGCCCGAGUUUGCGGACUCUACAGAGCCUUAACCUGAGAGCCCCUUUCCCAGAGCUUCCCCGGCCCGGCCGGUACUGCUGGGCUUCGGCCGGGAUCUCCUGCGGGUGUCCGGGCCCGCCCGGAAGGGGCGGUGGCCCCGGCGAUGGCGGACGAGGCGCUGUUCCUGCUGCUGCACAGCGAGAUGGUGGCGGGGCUGUACCGCGCCGCCGAGCAGGGCGAAGGGGAGAACGGGCGCUGCACCACCAAGCUGGAGAGCAUGGGCUUCCGCGUCGGGCAGGGGCUCAUAGAGAGAUUUACAAAAGACACUGCCAGAUUCAAGGAUGAAUUAGAUAUUAUGAAGUUCAUUUGCAAAGACUUUUGGACAACGGUAUUCAAAAAACAAAUAGAUAACCUAAGGACUAAUCACCAGGGUAUUUACGUCCUUCAAGACAAUAAAUUCCGUCUCUUGACACAAAUGUCUGCAGGAAAGCAGUAUUUAGAACAUGCACCAAAGUAUUUAGCAUUCACCUGUGGACUAAUCAGAGGAGGCCUAUCAAAUCUGGGAAUAAAGAGUAUUGUAACAGCUGAAGUUUCAUCAAUGCCUGCAUGUAAAUUUCAGGUGAUGAUACAGAAGAUGUAGAGCACAUUCAAAUCUGGGUAUCUACUUUAAAAAGCCUUUGUAUGUGGAUUCAGUAUCUUGGCUCAGUCUUGUAUAUAACAUGUAAAUUAUAGCAGCGUGCAGCACAAUUCCAAAAUAUAUAAUAAAUGCUCAUAGAAAUAACUUAACACUA